AUGGGCAAGGCUAGUCAUGUAACUCUGAGCCUUUGGCCCAGGGCAGAACCGUUCGCAUACGGUAUCUUCCAAGUUCAUCCUCAUCCAAGACUUGCUGUUCAUAACAUCAAAAAGCUUGUUACUUAUGCAAAAAACAAAAGUAAAACUGGAUCAAAAUUAAGUUAUUCUGUUUGGAAACAUGUAGCAUGUAAUAAGCUUCAGCUAACUGAGGAUUUGGCUUGGGUCCUCUUUCACACAUGCUUAACUAUGUCGGCGACACAAUAUGAUAAGCUUAAGGAUGUUGAUGAAAGGAUAUUUACUGCAGCAAAUUCAGCAGAUGCCGAGAGGAUUCGUACUUCACAAUCUGUUAAUUUGUUCACAUUUGUACUCUUUCUUUACAUACAACAAAUAAACAAGAUAUCACUGCGAGCCUCAGCAGUGUCAGCCAAUGCUGAGUGGCCUGGUAGUUACAGUCGUUCAUCCGAUUUGGAUUCAGGUCGUUCAACUCCUAUCAGACUAUGUCGCAACCUAGAUGAGCAAUAUCAUUUUCAAUUUAUCAGUGAAAAUUUGAAUGAAAUGCUUGAUCUCCUUGUUGAACCCGAUAACCAAGGUGGAAAUAGUAUGGAUGCAACAUUGUCUGAAGCUGCUGUCGAAGCUUUGGAUCUUGUUUUGGAAGGAUCAGCUGAUGAAGGAAGGACGCUUAAUUCAUUUUCAGAACUUGUCCGUAUACCAACAAUUCUUCCAGCAACUGGUUAUUCUAAGGUUACACAUGCUUUCCAUUUACGUGGCCUUCUUUCUUGGAUUCGUUCAUGGUUAACACAAAACCCGUUUUCGGUUGAAAACUGUAUUCGAAAUGGUCGACGUUUACAGUGGCGUCUUCCUCAUCAGGUUGUCUUGGACAAUGAGUCUGGUUUGAACAAUACUCAGCAACAGCCACAGAAUGAUAUCAUAAAGCGUCAGAAGAUUGCGACAAACGCACACCAAGUUCCACGAACUGGAGGUCACAGUGGAAACAAACUGGUUGUCAUGUCGAUGAUUUCUCGCCAAAUUAUUGCUCGCAGUUCUGCUACACUUGAUGGUGCUACUCUUAAAAUACAUCGUGCCCAUUGUAGUUAUUUAUAUCUCUUGUCACCGAUGAGGUCUGUUACACUAGAUAAAUGUCGCAAGCUGACCAUUGUUUUGGGACCGAUUGAAAACACUCUCCAACUUAACCAUUGUGAAGACUGUUUGGUUAUUGCAGCCUGUCGUCGUGCUGUCUUGGCUUAUUGUCGUCGGUGCACAUUACAUUUAGCUAUACAAUCCCGUCCAAUAUUGAUUCAGCCCCCUGUUCCAAACACUAUCAGUGGAUCUAUGAUUAUUUCAAAUAUUCCUGGAAAUAAUUCGGGUACAAAUACUUCUACCCCAGGCACCCCUACGCCUGGUAGUGUAGCACUGGUUGGUAAUGAAGAAAUCUUGUUGGCUCCCUUUCAUACAACGUAUAUGAAACUUGUAGAUCACCUGAACAAGGUGAACCUUAGUCCGAAAGUGAAUUAUUGGGAUCGUCCAUUUUUGUUGGGACAAGAUUCCAGUCGUCAAGACUCAUUUCAACAAUCAUCCAGAGUUCGUUGCUGGGACUUACUCCAACCCGCCCAUUUUUAUCCGUUUAAUAUUCCACUUUUGCUCUCUACUCGAGGUGAAAGUAUGGACCGCAACCCGAUCGGUGAAAAUUAUACUCGUUCUGAAGAAGCUGUUCCUAAUGGUAAUCCUCAAACGGCUAACUGUCUGGAUUUGAGCGCAUCACUUAUAACGAAUACCUCCAGAUACUUUGGCGAUUCAGAUGAAAGACAUUUAGAGAACUAUAUUUCCAUGGCUAAUAACAUUUUACCAAUUCCAUUGCCUCCCGCUUAUUUAAGUGCUUUACAUGAAAGGGCUGGAGCUUAUCAUAAGUGGCCUCAACAUGUUAUGAAUGCAAGGUUAACUCUUGAUCAACGUCAUAGUUUUAGCACGGUUGUGGAUCAGAGAUUUCGACAAUGGUUGAUAGAAUCAGGCAAUUUGCGUCAAUUACAACUCCUAGAGCUAAGCACAGGUCACGUGAACCCAGUACCAUCUUGUAAUCCUACUGCUUAUUCUGUCGACAAAAAUAUUGCUCCUAUGUCUGUGAGUUCUACUUUUCAAAGCCAUGCAGAUCGAUCAGAUCAUGGGGUUCGUAGUUCUUAUGCUGAUGGUCACAUAAGCAAUUCUAUUCGGAGUGGCUGCCUUCUCACUCGGUCAAAUAAUGAAAAUCAGUUUGCUACCAACAAUGAUGAUGCUGAUGGCAUAUGA